AUGCUCAACAUGUUGUAUCUUCUCAUACUCACCCUUUCGUUUCUCUGCGGAUCGGCUCAUGGAGCCUUUGUCACCCGCCAAACCAACGCCCCACUGGUUGCCAUCAAAAAUGGCAGCUAUACUGGCUUGUACAAUACGAUGUACAAUCAAGAUUUCUUCCUCGGAAUACCGUUUGCCCAACCCCCAGUGGGUAACCUCCGCUUCCGUAACCCAGUGUCGCUCAACACGACAUGGCAAGGGGUUCGAAAUGCAACAGAGUACUCGGCCGAGUGCUACGGCUACGGCAGUGAUGACUGGGUUCUAGGGAACCCAGUGUCUGAGGACUGUCUCACUCUGAACAUCAUCCGACCAGCGGGCAUCUCUGAGGACGCUCAAUUGCCUGUGGGGGUGUGGAUAUAUGGCGGCGGCUUCUUCAACGGCGGGAGCCUCGAUCCCAGAUAUAACAUGAGCUUCAUUGUCGAGCAAUCCGUGGCUAUGGGAAAGCCCUUCAUAGGUGUGAGCCUGAACUACCGCCUGCACGCUUUUGGAUUUCUCUUCGGCACCGAAAUCCUCAAAGCUGGUGUCACAAACCUUGGCUUCCGCGAUCAGCGCCUGGCGUUACAUUGGAUCCAAGAGAACAUUGCUGCAUUCGGCGGCGAUCCUUCUAAGGUCACGAUUUGGGGCGAGAGUGCCGGCGGUGCCAGUGUCGGUUUGCAGACUUUGGCAUAUGGAGGGCGAGAUGAUGGACUUUUCCGCGGUGCCAUUGAAGAGAGCGGCGGUCCAGUCACAUUCGCGCGAUAUGUCAACGCCUCGAGUUUUGACCAAUAUUACAAUAACAUUACACGUGCCACAAACUGCAGCUCUGCAUCGGAUACGCUGGCCUGCUUACGUCAAGUCCCCAUCGAGGCUCUCAGUGCCGUUUUCAAUAGCAGCGUCACGGCUCAAGUUCCUUCAUGGGGCCCUCAGAUCGACAAUGACAUAAUAAUUGAGUCCGGUACGAAGCAGCUACAGGAAGGAAAAUUUGUCAAAGUUCCCCUCUUGCAUGGGACGAACUUUGACGAAGGUACCGCGUUUGCCACGCCUGGUGUCAACACAACUGAGCAGUUCAUUGCCGCCGUCAUGCAAGAUGGGCCUGACAAUGCUACGGCUCAGACUGUUGCCGCCCUAUACCCAGAUAUUCCCGCCAUUGGCAUACCAGCAACCCUGUCCGGUCGCCCACCACCAUCGCAAGCGUCACUGGGUGCUCAGUGGAAGCGGGAGUGUGCAUACCAAGGGGACCUAGUUGAACAGGCACCACGACGGCUGACCUCACAAAGCUGGGCAUCGCAGAACGUCAGCAGUUGGAGCUAUCAUUUCAAUGUGGUGGUGAAUGGAGUUCCUCCGACUAUCGGGGCUACACACUUCCAGGAAGUUGCUUUCGUCUUUCACAAUCUACAAGGCUUGGGCUACAAUACGACAGUGGCUGUGGAUCCUUUUGCGAAUGAGCCUGCAAGCUUCGACAGCUUGGCCAUGAUCAUGAGCCGGGUGUGGGUAAGUUUCAUUGUCGAGGGCACUCCGAAUGGGAACAAUGCAACGAGCGUUCAAUGGCCCAUAUAUACGCUUGAGGCGCCACAGAAUAUCGUGUUCGAUGUCAACUCGACGAAUUUGCUCUACGCAGAGCCGGACUACUAUCGAGCGGAGGGGAUUCAGUACAUCCAGGACCGACUUGCCUCCGUUUAUGGGCGCUGA